AUGUCAUCCUUUUUGGCUUCUACCUCUUCUUCAACUGGUUCUAAAGCUUUUUAUCACACAUGGUAUACAUUGAAAGUCAACCGCAAUGCCACCGACGACGACCUCAAGAAAGCCUACCGUCGUCUCGCCAUGAUCUGGCACCACGACAAAAACCCCAACACCAACAAAUCCGACGCAGAGUCCAAAUUCAAACAGAUCUCCGAAGCUUACGACGUCCUCAGCGACCCUCAGAAGCGUCAGAUCUACGAUCUCUACGGCGAAGAGGCUCUCAAGGCCGGCCGCCGCUUCAACAAUCACCAGAACCCUAACCCUAACCCUAAUUUCCGGUUUAACCCUAGAAAUGCCGAGGACAUAUAUACUGAGUUCUUUGGAGGAUCUGAUGCUGGAUUUAGGAAUGGGGAGAGUUCGUCGGUGAAGAAGGCUCCGGCUGUGGAGAAUGUGUUGGGUUGUAGCUUGCUUGAUCUUUAUAAGGGUGCUAAGAAGAAGAUGAAGAUCUCCAAGACGGUCCUUGAUUUUUUCGAGUAUGUUUUUCCAACUUUUCUGUUAUUGUUUAUUGUGGUUUAG